AAUAUUGCAGAGAAUCAUCACUUGUCGAACCAUUCCAAAUUUUACAAGACUUACAUAAUUCCAAUAUUUCCGCUUGUGACAUUAAUCAAAUUAUGUCACCAAUUCGUAAACUAACUAUACAACUAUGUGAUUUAUCACCCGUGUAUUUAAUCCACCUAUUAUCAUUAUACAUUACUACAUUAGAAGAAAUGAUUUUGGACGUAAUUUUAGAAAGAGCACCUUUGCAAUUAGAAGAUUUGAGAAGAUUGGUGAAAAAUAAUAAGAAACUUAAAAAAUUAAAGUUAUAUACUAACUACAGUGAAAGAUGUCUCGAGGGUGAAACUUUAAAAUAUUUUGCAGAUGGUGCUGAAUUGCCCGUUGCUCAAUAUCG